AUGAAUAAAUUAGAAUAACAAAGAUUAUUAAGAUGUCGAACAGAGUAAAUGUGUUAUACUAUUUGCAGAUAAUUUGAUUGUGGAUAAAAAGAGGUAUUAAUUAUCAAUUGCUAAAAGGAGGAGAAUUUAUUGAUAAAUAAUUGA